UUGACGGUAACGGAGAGCACCAAAUGUGAAAUCCACAGAAGUCAAAAGUCUAAUCCCAAUCUCUAACAAUUGCAAUGGCUAUGAAAUAAAACAGUAAAAAAUCAACAGCAAUGGCUUCCAACGGAAACCCUAAAUUUCAGCUCCCCGUGUUACUCUCCCAACAAAACAACAAUGGUCCUAUUAUUUCCAUGGAAACCACUCCUAUCUCUCCUACUAUUCCUCUCCCUAUUCUUUUACGAACACUGGAUUUCAAUCCCUUCUUGCAACAUCGUACCCAACACAGAUCUCAACCAACAGGAACACGAUGUCGUUGAAGAGGAAAACGACAACGAUGAGGUUUUGAAAGUCAUGUUGGUCGCGAAUUUAUUACUCUUAGGAUCUGACACUAGCUUUUUUAACCUCUAUUUUAGAGAUUAUUACAUGUCCAAGGUUUUCAAGAAAUCUUUUUAUUCUUUAAAGCCUGACAUGCUGCUGGUAAUCGGGGAUGUUUCGGCGAGAGGGUCGACAUUGACGAGGGGUAAAUGGGUAUCAGUGUUGCAUCAGUUUCAUGGAAUGUUAGGGCCAUUUAUUGAACUUCCAUUUCAUGUUGUUCUUGGUGAUAUGGAUGUUGGAGGGUGUAGUGGGCUCGACUCAAAUUCAGUUUAUUGGAUAGCUAGGAGUUUUCCGGGGCUAGACUCAUCUGGUUGUGGUGCGUUUGAUAUUGACAAUGUUAGUUUUGUUUCCCUUAACGCGGUUGCAUUGCUUUGUGGUAAUAAUAAGUUGAGGUUUAGUGUUGAGAAGGCUGUAGAGAUGGAAAGAAUAGGUUCAUGGAUGGAUUCGGAGAAAGAAAUGGGUGAUUGUGGAGAAUUUACGAAAACGUCUGAUAGUUUCGGGCGGAGAAAGGAUUUAGUGUCAUCUGGAUUAGGUCCUGUCCUCUUACUUCAUUUUCCAUUGCAUCGAGCGGAAAAUGGUGGUUGUAAGGAAGGGAAUAUUGUUAGAAAAGCUCCUAUGCCCUUACGUCAGGGCUUGAAUGCAUUAGAGAGUAGCAGGGUAUAUACUGGUGCUCCCUAUGAGUUAUGGCAUACAAUCCCUCCAAAUGCUACGCAAUACAUAUUUCAGGCUCUUAAACCAAGGAUUGUUUUCAGUGCUCAUACACAUGAAUUUUGUGAUCACACUCACUCAGAUGGGACACGCGAGAUAACUGUCCCUUCAAUGACAUGGAAAGCAAGGGAUGACCCCGGGUUUGUUUUUGCCACAUUCAGAAGUGGUGGGAAUACUGCAGCUGGACCAAUUUGGGAUCUUCCAAUUUCUUUUUAAACAUCGCACAGUGAAAGGAAAGAAGACAAUCAUGACCAUUGUGUAUCACUUACUUGAGCAUCAAAGACGAACCUAUUCAUGCCUUUCCAUUUAUCCAAGUCAUAAGCAGUAAAAUGCUUGCAACAAGCUGAAGCUUGAAGUUGCUCACCAAGGGUUCCUCCUCCAAAAGAGUCCCCUUGAACUCCUCUCACAUAUGACACGGCAUACUUUCCAGCGACCAAAGGAUCUUCUCCAGGUGUCUCUUGCCCUCUUCCCCAUCUUGGGUCUCUAAAUAUGUUGAUGUUUGGUGCCCAAAAUGUCAUGCCUGUAGCUUGUCCAGCGUUGUAUAUCCCUCUCGCUUCUUUUCCAAUCACCUUCAAGAAUCCAUUCACAAAUCAAUAACGAUUACUUUUGGAUGUAGAGCUUCGUUUUCUUUUCUUUUCUACAUAUCCAAGUAACAAGGAGCUAUAUAUCUUUUGCUACAGGAACUGAAUCGGAAAAAAUGUUAAUGUAGAAACACAGGUAUUGAGAGUCUAGCAGAUGAAGCUACUUACUUGACCAAUGCGAUACCAAAGAUGAGCAUCAAAUGAAGCAGCAGUCAGAAUAACCUGAGGGAAGCUUGUGGCAAACCGAAUGGUCCCGUUGAAACGGAUGCCUUGGCGCACCGUGGUUUGAAGGGCGACACCAUGUAAUGCUUCAGACCACCAUUCAUAGGCAGGGAUGCCAAGCCUCGGGAUUGCUGGGGCUGUGUCAACAAGUUGGGAUACUUUUUCAUCUAAUGUUAGUCUAGAGACAAGGUCUUCAACUCUUUGGCUUAUGGGUAGUUUAGUUUGGCAAAAAGGGUACAACUUUGUUGAUGGGUCAGAUGAGUCACAUGAGUAUGGCGGUUGUGUUGACUCAACAUAUAAGUGGAGUGAAGUAGUGUGGAUGGCGAUGAGGAUGAGGAUUCUGAGACACAAGUUUUGGAGUCUCAUUCCGCGAGUCUGUUGAGGAGAGCUGAACAGAGGGAAUGGAGAUAUUUAUUUUUGAACAGAGGGAACGGGAACAAGGUCAGUGAUAAAGCGUUUUUUUUUUUUUUUUUUUUUUUUCCAAGAGAGCACAUUGAGGGGUCAAAUAAAGAAAAUGGGUAGCAAAACGACAGAAAAACUCAAUUGUAAAGAUUUUACCUUGAGAUGCGCUAACUGUGUAAGUUUGAGAAGUAUUUUUUUGCUGUACUAUUUUGAGAAAAAUACUCGUGAUAACGCUGAUACCGAGCAUCUGUGAGGUAUGGCAAUUUCGAUGAAAAAUAAAAUAUUAUAUCUGCUCUAAUGA